AUGACCCAGAUCGUUAGCUUCACUGUAUUUAAUGACCUCCCCCUCGAGCUCCGCCAGUUGAUAUGGCACUUCGCCCUGCCGGAGGACGAGCCCGAGGUUCUCAUCGUCCGGGCCGACCAUCUCGAUAUCAAGGGCCGGCAAGUAAACCCGGAGCCUAUGUUGGUCCAAACGGUAUUUCCGGCGCUCAUGCACACAUGUCGGGAGUCGCGCGAGUACACCCGCAACCUAAGCGGCAUCAUCUUCCAGUACAUGCCACCGGCCGGCUGUGAUGUGCCGUACCGUCUCUUCCGGCCCGAGCUGGACACCGCCUUCUGGGACGAGAACGUGCAGAAUUCCCUCUGGGCAUCCUACUUUGAAGCCGGUCAUGACAAGUGGUUGGCACAGCUCCGUCACUUGGCCGUCCCCUCAGCGACGGCCUUUGUGGGACAGCACAUGACCGAGUGCAUCAUGGAGCACUGCCCACGGCUGCGGACGUUGUCAGUGGUCUUCCCGGACUCGACUGAUUACAACCGGGUGCGGACGCGCUUUGAGGAGCCAACGGCGAGACGUGCGAGGCUGGUUGAGAUUCCCGGCGACCACGCCCGCCGCACAAUGGUCGUCUUCGACACCUGGCACUAUGACCCGACGUACCGUAUCCCGCUCUACGACUUCCUGCUCCUGUUCUGCAGCGAUCUCAACGAUCACAGGAACGCCUUUUACGCCCCCCACGAUGUGUGCCUUGGCCAAGCGUGGACAAUCCGAACGGACGACGAUGGGAAGAGGCCGCGUUGUUUCCUCCAGACUUUUGUCGAAUGGAAUAGUGGGAGGUGGGUGGAAGCCUGCGGGGGGAGGAAGCUGGCAAGCCCCGGAGGCUAG